CCAAUCAGAGAGCACGGAGCGGUAUUUGAAUCACGAACAGGCCUUUGUACCUUAGAGCAGCUUGUUUUGGGUUGAAGAGUUCGAGUAACAUCGAGGUCAAACAACGGCGAGAUUUUAAGUUUUUAAAACUAUCGAUUAGUUAUGGAAAUGCACGCUUUGCGCAAUGCAAACAACCCUGUGUUCAUUGGUGGCAAAGCAGGGCCUGUAAAUGGCGGUACAAGGAGGGCAGUGUUUGGCGAAAUCUCAAAUUUGGCUCAUAAACCAGUUCAAACCAAGAAGAGUCUACUUGUAAAACCAACUGUCCGGCAAAAUGUGCUACCAAAACGUGCCCAUGUAGAGCCGGAGCUCCCCCAACCUGCUGAAGUUGUACCCCCAGCUCAAGGUGAUGUCAGUAUGAAGGAAGAUGAGUUGUGUCAAGCCUUUUCCAGCACCCUCUUUCCAGUCGACGAUAUUGAUGAAGGUGAUGCCGACAUGCCCCAGUUGUGUUCCGAGUAUGUUAAGGACAUCUAUAAAUAUCUGCAAAGCCUUGAGGCUCAACAACCCAUUCAUCCUUGUUAUAUGCAUGGCUAUGACAUCAAUGGGCGCAUGCGUGCUCUCCUGGUUGACUGGCUGAUUCAGGUGCACUCAAGGUUUCAACUGCUGCAGGAGACUUUGUACAUGACUGUGGCCAUUCUUGACCGCUUCCUUCAGGUCCAACCAGUGACCCGCAAGAAGCUACAGCUAGUGGGGGUUACUGCAAUGUUGAUCGCUUGUAAAUAUGAAGAGAUCUUUGUGCCUGGGGUUGGGGACUUUGCUUACAUUGCUGAUGAUGCUUUCACAAAAGCUCAGAUUCGAGAGAUGGAGAUGUUGAUUCUCAGUGGGCUGAACUUCGAGCUUGGACGUCCUUUGCCCCUGCAUUUUCUGCGGCGAGCAUCAAAGGCUGGAAAUGCGGAUGCAGAAAAGCAUACACUUGCGAAGUAUUUUCUUGAACUGACGCUGCUCGAUUAUGACAUGGUCCAUUAUCACCCUUCUGAGACUGCGGCUGCUGCCCUGUGCCUUUCACAACUUGUGCUUGAUGGCCAAAAAUGGUCACCAACCCAACAACACUACUCCACAUAUGAUGAGGCUCACUUAAAGCCUAUCAUGCAGCACAUUGCCAAAAAUGUUGUUAGCGUCAAUGAGGGUCUCUCCAAGCAUGUGAGUGUGAAGAAAAAGUAUUCAAGCAGUAAGUUGAUGAAGAUCAGCCUCCUUCCUCAGUUGAAGUCUUCGCUUGUAAAGGAUCUUGCUGCACCUUUGCUGUCCAGCUCUUGAGGAUUUAACUUUUAUGUAGUAACGGACAAUCAACCUGCACUUUAUUACGUGGCAGCCAUUUUGGGAGAUGGACUGCUGCUUUUAAACGGAUGUACAUAUUCUUAAACUGUCUUUAUUAAUAAACGCUAAUUUUAGCUUAAAUUUUAAAAUGAGGUUUUGAAUUGGGUUUUAUCUUUUGUGUAUACUUCCUGGAGCUGUAUAUUUGCUUGAAUGUUUAUUUUGCAAACUGAAUUUAAUACCAAAGGUUUAACUCUG